AUUUUAUUUUCACUGGCAAUACUGCCGGUUCUUUCAAAUUUUCUGGAAAGGUGUACGUCCCGUCCACGAAGAUUGUCACGCUUUCCUUUUAUUUUAAUUUGUUACCUUUUCAUAAGGAAACAAUUAAUUUUAUUUAUAUUUUUGUAUUAAGUAGCCCUAAAGUUUAAGUAGAAACUACAAAAAUGAGUACUAUAUUGGAGAAAAUUGCGGCUAUAGAGUCCGAGAUGGCUCGAACGCAAAAAAAUAAAGCAACAGCGUUGCAUUUGGGCUUACUCAAGGCCCGGCUCGCUAAAUUAAGACGUGAACUGAUCACUCCCAAGGGUGGCGGCGGUGCUACCGGUGAAGGUUUCGACGUCGCUAAAACCGGUGACGCUCGUAUCGGAUUUGUGGGCUUCCCAUCAGUGGGUAAAUCCACAUUGCUGUCCAAUCUUGCAGGAGUAUACUCCGAGGUGGCAGCGUACGAGUUCACCACACUUACUACGGUGCCCGGCUGUAUUAAAUACAAGGGGGCUAAGAUACAGCUUCUCGAUCUCCCCGGUAUCAUCGAAGGCGCGAAAGACGGCAAAGGUCGCGGUCGCCAGGUCAUCGCCGUCGCUCGCACGUGCAGCCUGGUGUUCAUCGUGCUGGACGUACUCAAGCCGCUGCAACACAAGAAGCUGCUGGAGCACGAGCUGGAGGGCUUCGGGCUGCGGCUCAACAAGCAGCCGCCGAAUAUAUACUUUAGGAAGAAAGAUAAAGGAGGGAUCAAUUUGAAUACUACAUGCCCGCAAUCCGAGCUCGACAUAGAGGCAGUGAAGAGCAUCCUCUCCGAGUACAAGAUCCACAACGCGGACAUAACACUCCGCUACGACGCCACCAGCGACGACUUCAUAGACGUCAUCGAGGGCAAUAGGAUAUAUGUGCCCUGCAUCUAUCUGCUCAAUAAGAUCGAUCAGAUCAGCAUAGAAGAGCUGGACGUGAUCUACAAAAUCCCCCACUGCGUGCCCAUCUCGGCGCACCACCGGUGGAACUUCGACGACCUGCUCGAGAAGAUGUGGGAGUACCUCAAGCUCAUCAGAAUAUACACCAAGCCCAAAGGACAGCUGCCAGACUACAACGCGCCCGUGGUGCUGCACGCCGACCGGACGUCCGUGGAGGACUUCUGCAACAAGCUGCAUCGGUCCAUCGUGAAGGAAUUUAAAUACGCCCUAGUAUGGGGUUCAUCAGUAAAACAUCAGCCGCAAAAGGUCGGCAUCGAGCACAUCCUAGCCGACGAGGACGUCGUACAAAUCGUUAAGAAAGUAUAGACUGUACCAUACCCGUUUACAUUGGAUGCGCAACCGCAUGCCGCUGCGGUGUGCGGACGGGACGUCGCUAUACGGGUGGAUCAACUUUCUGUGUAGUUAGGUUGCCUUCCCAUUGAGGCGGAAGCGAGCGGAGAUGAGAGGAAUCAACUAUAGUAUUUUUUUUUUUCAUCGUCAGAAAAAAAUAUUGAAUAACAUUUUCAAUAAUGUCUCAGAAUAUAUAAUAAAAAUUUAAAAAGACGUGAUUACUACCAUUUCAGAGGGAAUUAAAUCUUCUCUGGUCAGAAGUGUAGGGUUAGAGCCGGCGUAAUUUUAUUUUUCGUUCAUAGACGCAUUGUAAUAUGCCUACUUGGAAAAUAAUAGUAUUUUUCUCAAACUUGCUAUGAAAUUAUGACAUGACUUACGUCAAAUUAGGUCCGGAAAUACUACAUAUCAGGUGCGAUGAGUGAAGAUGAUAUGUAAAGGAAUUUCAUACUGCCUUACACACCUAGGACUGUAAAGCAACCUUUUUUGUCUUGGCAUCCAACCAUCAACUAGCUUCAGUUAGCUUGGUACGGUGAUUUGUUGUGCAUAUUCGUUGCUAAGCAACGGCGGUGGCGCAUCGCGCAGGCGCGCGGACUUACGCGCGUAAGGUUGUACACCGCUGGUAGAGGGGCGAGCC